AUGGAAGAAGGCGGCUUGGAGUGUUACACGUGCGUGCUGUGCAACGAAUUUCUGGUGGAAACUCCGCGACAGGCGCCCUGCGGGGAGCGUCUCUGCAGUCCAUGCUGGAGGGAGCAUCGAAACAGCGGCGAGAGCUUGAAGUGCCCGAAAUGUGGAGAAAAGAUUGUACUUCAAGAGUGUUUUCCCGACAAGGCCUUGCAACAGGAGCUGACGAAGUUGGUCCUCAGGUGCGGCAAUAAAGACUGCUCAUGGAAGGGACUGCUCAACUCAUACAAAGCCCACAGAGCAGUUUGCAGACACGAGCCACUGAAGUGUGUGAACGGGGAGUGUAGACAGGUAGUCAAGAGAGAAGACAUGGAGGAACAUGUGAAGACUUGUGUUUACUCUCAAAUUCCUUGCAAAGGGUGCUCCAAACCAAUCCCCAAAUGUCACAUGGAGGAGCAUAUGGGACAGGUGUGUGAGCAGGUGCUGGUGAGCUGUCCAGAGGGUUGCGGGGAAAUGAUCCUUCGUGGGAGACUCAAAGAACACUAUCACAGUAAGUGCUCACAGUAUGUCAGGCUCUGUUCAUUUGAGGACCUCGGAUGCUCUGCAAAGGGUAACUCCCAGCAAUUAUCAGACCAUAUUACUGGUUCCACGUCAGAGCAUCUGAAUCUACUGAAGACUACUAUAGACAAAAGGGGAAAGGACGUUACGAUGGAAUUAGAAGAAUUACGAGUAAAAAUUAAGGAAAUGGAGCUUCGUAUAACGGAGGGGAAGAGUAGUGAAUCCCUGAAAAGUAUGGUACAGAGUGUGAUGAAGCUAGAGACGGCCAUCCAGCAGCUGCAGGAUGGAUUUGGAGAGAUGGCACUGCUGGUGCAGACGCUCCAGGCCACCAGCUACAGCGGAAUCUUCAUCUGGAAGAUCCCGGAAGUCACUCGCAGGAGGCACGAGGCUCGGGUGGGCCGCACCCUCUCUCUCUACUCCGCCCCCUUCUACACCAGUCGCCACGGCUACAAGAUGUGUCUGAGGCUGUACAUGGCGGGGGACGGGAGCGGGAAAGGCAGCCACCUCUCCUUCUUCCUGACGGUCAUGAGAGGGGAGUUUGACUCCCUCCUGCGCUGGCCCUUCAGACAGACGGUGUCCCUGAUUCUCCUGGACCAGGACCGACAGAGAGACAUUGUCCAGUCCUUCAGACCGGAGCCCUCCUCCGCCUCCUUCCAGAGACCUCGGCUGGAGAUGAACGUGGCAUCCGGCUGCCCGGCAUUUGCUCCUCUCUCUGUCCUAGACAACUCGUCCUACGUCAAGGACGAUACUCUCUUCCUCAAAUGUGCCAUUGACAGAACUGGGUUAGAUGCUUACUAAUAAAAAUAAAAGUGCAAACCCUCGGCGAACUGCGCAUGCGCGAUACUGCUAAUUUCCUAGGGCUCGAUUCGGAGGGAAAAUGGCGAACGUCUCCUCAUAAAACUUCGUCUGUUUUAUGGACAUGAGGUAUCGUAUCGCUCUACCCUCUGUGCUCCAGUGUCAUUGACCAGCAGUCAGAAAAUAUGGCUGUCAUUUGCCGAAAUUACGAGUCAUCGACCCAAGUUUCAGCUGUCCAGCAGAGCGUGGGCUCUAUCUGGUCGCCAGGCGCCAGAUUAUGCUCCGGUUGGAGUCAGAGUGGGGGCUCUAUCGUAUUUCCGAUUAUCUGGACUUCAGAUUUCACUUUGACUGUUUGACUGCCCCUAGGGUCCUACAAAAUGAACUUUGAACUUUGAA